AUUUUCUCUGAACAACUGUAAGAGUGAUGAUAGUUGAUAGUCAUAUCAGCAGCAGCUGCAUUGUAAAUCUUUGGAAAACUACUGUUACGUCUGGUAUUGCAGGAAAGUUGAUAUCUAUAUUGUUUUGUUUAUGUUUAUCCGUAGUAAUGGAAAAUCGGCAUCUGUGUUUGAGCUCGUCAGUAUGACAAAUUUGUAAAUUUAACCAGUUUCAAUGGAUAAGUCUCCAGAAGAAAAGCAAGAAGAAAACAAUAGUAUUAAAUCUGAGUUAUUCUUUUUGGUUGCUAAAUUCCUGAAAGAAAGUCAGUUUAAAAAUGCAUUUGAAGCUCUCAAAUCUGAUUUGAAUGAAUCUAAUAUAUUACCAACACGUAUUGACUUUUUUGGCGAAGAAAAUCCACAAACAUUUGACGAAUUGGAAAAAAAAUAUGAUCAUAUCAAAUCAAACCAUCUAUUAGAAAUUUGCCAAAAAAUAAAAACAUUGAGCAAUUAUGAAAAAUCAUCAGUACCAGUGGUUUUCUCAUUGCUCGGAAAAGGGAGUUUCUCUCUCGUCAAUACUCAAAAAAAACGCAAAUAUUUAUCCUUAAUUGAUUGUUUAACUCGUCAACAUAGUACUUUACCAUUGCCUCCUUUGCAUAUACGUGGUCAAAAUAUUGUUAAAAUACUUUAUGGUCGUGAAGUGUCCGGAACUGUCGACAAAAGAUAUUUAUUACCUUUAUCAAAAUUUUCUUACGUCAAGGUUCAUGGACGAGUGUUGGGCCACCUGACUGCGGUUUAUUGUGUAUGCUUUGAUACAUCUGGCAGAUAUAUUGCGACGGGAGCUGAUGAUUAUUUAGUUAAGUUGUGGGAAGCAAGUUCUGGACGUCUUUUAUCAACUUUACGAGGAGCAAGUGCUGAAAUUACUGAUAUUGCCAUUAACACUCAAGCCUCAUUGAUUGCUGCGGGAAGCAUGGAUAAAGUGUUAAGAGUGUGGUGUCUUCAAACUGCUAGACCUAUCGCUCAUGUGGUAGCACACGCCAGUAUGAUUGUCACAGUAAACUUUUGUCCUCAGACAUUCAACGGACUAGGCUACAUAGCUUCUACUAGUACAGAUGGUUCUGUUGUAUUUUGGCCAUUUAGAUCAAGUAACGGAAGUACAGUGUUUGAACCUAACUUAACAGUUUACAACGAACGUAUGAGGCCUGGUAGUGCAAAGAUUUUGUGUGGUGCUUUCUCUGCCGGUGGUAUAAUGUUUGCUACAGGCAGUGCUGAUCAUAAUGUUCGAGUCUACAAAAUGACACCUCCAACUCCAGAUGAAUCUGCUCCCGUACGACUAAUGGAAAUGGAAGCGCAUUCUGAUUCUGUAGAUUCUAUACAAUGGGCACAUAGUGGUUUAAGAUUCAGCUCUGGUUCAAAAGAUGGAACUGCAUUAAUUUGGUCUUAUAGAAAUCAACAGUGGAAAUAUAAAACACUUAAUAUGACGACGAAACUAAAAAAAAGUGCUACUGAAAAGGUUUCAGUCGAAGAACUUAGUAAGCAAGUUAAACAAUCGGUUACGUAUUUAUGUUGGGAUCAAAGCGAUCGUUGGAUAAUUACCGCUUGUAUUGAUAUGACUAUUAAAGUAUGGGACUCUUACACUACUGAACUGUUGCAAGUCAUGACUGGACAUAAAAAGGAAGUUUACGUUUUGGAAUCACAUCCUUUCCAUUCAAAGAUAUUAUUGAGUGCUGGCCAUGAUGGAAAAAUAUUCUUGUGGAAUAUUGUAACUGGAGAAGUACUGGUGUCAUUUCAAAAUACUAUCGAAGGACAAGGCUUUGCUGCAUUGUAUGAUGCUAAAUGGUCUCCCGAUGGGACUAUGUUUUCAGUGACCGAUUCACAAGGUCAUUUGUUAACCUAUGGAAUAGGAGAAUCUUCUCCUCGAAGAAAAAUGGUACCUUAUGAAGUAUUCUUCCAUACUGAUUAUCGACCAUUGUUACGAGCACCUGAUCACUCAGUGUUAGACGAACAAACUAAUAUGGAACCACAUUUAAUGCCACCGCCGUUUUUAGUAGACUCUGACGGAUCACCUCAUCCUCCAGAAGUCCAGAAACUUGUUCCCGGAAAAGAGAACGAAGGACCUUUACAAUUAGUGGCUGACGUUAUAAUUAAUGAACUAGGACGAACUGAAGUGAUUGGGAUCAGAGGAACGGCUAAUAUGAACACUGUUGAGCAUCUUUCCAAUAAUUCUCCUAAUCAAUCAAGGGUUAUUAGUUUGCAUCCAUCAUUGGAACAAAAUGGUAAUAUGGAUUCAAAUGAAAACAGACCGAGAAUUCUAUGUAAACCAUUAAAACAGUCCAUCAUGGAUGAGAUACAAAACAAAAUAAAAUUGUUGGGAGUUAUGGAAGAAGAAGAGUUCACUACAGAAAGUAUGAAACCGUUAGUGAUUGAUGAAAAGCCUCAAGUCUCGUCCAUCAAACCAAAGAGAAGGCCACAAGCACAACAUUCCUAUCUCACCAGAGCAACAAACGUUGAAAACGAAGCCCAGGAGAAUAGAUCUUCUUCAAAUCCAUCUGAAUCCGAAGAAGAUGCCGAUUAUGUAGAAGGGGCUGCUACUGAUGAAAAAGUGGAUACAUCUUCAGAUACAAAUUCAGGCGACAGUUCUGAGUAUUCUGAUUGGGUGGCUGAUAGUGGUACAAAUUUAGAGCCGCCUAAACGUACUCAGCAUCGCAGGAGACGUGUUAAAAGAGCAACCACUCCUCCAUCUUCGCCAUCGCCACCAUCUUCACCGCAAGAAGGGCCUAGAACUGUACCUCCCAGAAAAGUACAAAAAGAAGUACCGGAAAUUUACAGGCCUUCAGAGUGGUUCUCAGAAGUUUUGCCUAAGAAAUCUCCUUAUUUCCCACAAAUGGGCGAUAUCCUAAUGUUUUUCGAACAAGGUUACAACUUGUAUUUAGAAGCAGUUCAAGCUAAAAAGGUGUACAAAUUAAAAAAGUCACAGUUCGUACCGUGGGGUAACCUAAAACUGAAAGAACCUCAAAUGGUGAAAGUCAUUGGCAUUAAGUACGAGAUCAGACCACCACGUUUGUGCGGAUUGCGUUUGGCUGUGUUAAAAGAAAACGGUGACCACACUUCAUCGAGCUUCGAUCUUAAGUACCAUGAUAUGCAGGAUGUAAUUGAUUUCCUAGUUUUGCGGCAGACUUACGAAGCCGGUUUAGCCAGAAACUGGAAAGAAGGACAGCGAUUCCGUAGUAUGAUCGACAAUGCUUGGUGGUGCGGUAAGAUAGUGGAAAAAACCACUUCUCGAUCUCCAUUCCUCUGUUAUCAAGUCCUUUGGGACAACGACGAAAAUGAAAAUCUAAGUCCCUGGGAUAUGGAACCUAUCAAUCCUAAAAGAGAGCCUCUGAAUGGUGAAUCUCUGCCAGUGACUUCCAAAGAAAUGAAAGACAUUCUGUACAGACCAGAGUCUGGGAACAAAGAAUGGCCAAGUGGUUCUCGCGACAUGAUCUGUGAUCGCAUACUGAGAGGACUACAUGAUCUCAUGACGAUGUCUCUGGCAGAACCUUUUUUGGCUCCUGUUGACAUACAAGAGUAUCCGUCGUACGCGUACAUUGUAGAAUAUUUUAUUGAUCUGUCCAUCAUUAAGGCGAGACUGGAAAACCGUUUUUACAGGCGGCUAGCUGCCGUCCAGUUUGACGCACGUUACAUAGCAAGCAAUGCGGAAAAGUUCAAUGAGGAGAGCAGUGAUAUUGUAAAGAACGCUCGCAUUAUUACAGAGAUAUUGCUAACUAUCAUCAAAACUCCUACGGCUGUCGAAGUGCCUGCAUUGUGCCGUCAGUUGCAGCAAAAUUACAAAAAUAGCGAAGAAGAAAACAAGAAAAACGGUAACACUAAUUACAAUCGACCCAGAAAACUAAGGCCUCGGUCGUUGAGAGAGAGGAGCAGACGAGAAUGCAAUCAACCAUUCAACUGGAAAGCAGAAUGUAAAAAGUUUUUACAGAUGAUGUGGAUAUCUAAAGAUAGCACGCCUUUCAGAGAACCAGUAGAUUACACCAAGUAUCCAGAUUACGGACGGGUAGUGAACACACCUAUGGAUUUGACUUCAAUCAGGGAGGACCUGCGUGGUGACAACUACAACAGCCCUGAAGAGUUUUGUGAAGAUGUUAGGAGAGUGUUUGAAAACUCUCGGAUAUACACCGAAGUGCAUCCUGAUCAAACAGUGGAGAACAUGAGACAAAAUAUGAUCGACAUGGUUGAACCGAAUAUAACCAAAAUACUCAACGACUGGAAUACGAUGUCAAAACGUUCCAAAACUUCAUCGUUGGCCAAUCAUUUGAGUUCACGACCGCAGCGGAGGUGUAGGCUGAAAAGAAGGAGGACCUAUGAUAACAGUCCUAGUGAAGACAACAGCGAUGAUGAUUUUAAUAAUCAGUUGCCCAAACGACCGCGGCGGAUACCAGUUGUUCCAAUGAAUGAAGAGUCCACAGAUCAAUCUUUGGGAGAAGAAGAGGAUGUGAAAUUUGACCCUAACCAGCCAUCGACCAGUUAUGCGCACAAUGAGAGGACUAGAGCAAGUCAGGUCAAGACAAAAAAAAACACAGAGACGCCUUCAACUAGCAGAAAUGAGACUGUUAAAGAAGAAACGCAAACUGAAACCCCAACUCCUCUUCGUCGGUACUCAUCAAGGACUUGCAAGUCCAUUUACCGAUACAACGACAGCGGUGACAGCGACGAUGUAAUGCCGACCAGACCUUCACGUAGUAGGCGGCUGCCCAUGAGAGAAGAAAUAUUUGAAAUACCUCCUAUAACCAGCAGACGGCAAACUACUAGGUUCCACGAUGAAGACGAUGAUGACGAACAACUACAACCACAAGCGUCUUCCUCCCGGGGGACAGUCAAGCCAGCUCAUUCAAGAUUUAUGAAUGGCAACAUGCCUGCCAAUAACCAGGUGUCAAAAAAUCUGAGGCAGAAUAAACGUAGGGACUAUGCGAAAAUGGUGGAAGGUUCAGGAGAAAGUAGUGACGAGUGUGUCGACCAAGUGGCUAUCCGUCCAAAAAGUCUGAGAACCAAACAAAAAAGGGAUUAUGCAGAGCGUAGUGAAAAGAGUUCAUGCGAGAGUACUAAUGACGACGACGACGACGAAGAAGAGAACAGUGUUAACAUAAGGGUGUCAGUGAGCAGCAGAGGUAGGAUAAGAAAACUAACAGCGGAAGCCAAAGCCAUGUAUAGGAGAUAGUGUUGUUUUCAAUUACGACCCAUCUCUAAAUUAUUGUCACCUUCUGUUUUUUUUUUCACGAUUAUUAUUUAUUAUUUUACUAUUUACAACAUUAAUUUUAUUAAGUUACAAUAAUUGAGCGAUUAAGUUGAAUCGUUAUAAAACUUAGUAUAUUAAUAUUUUUUUAAAAAGCUUUUUGAAAUGAUGAUCAACAUGGAUAACUUGUUUAAUAUUAAAUGUUCAAUUAAGAUAUUAUUUUAAAUUCUUAAUAAUUCUAAUUAGUAAUAUUGUACUUCAAUUAUAGAUGAGUACUAUUUUCGUGUUCAAUUUUUUAAGUUAUUUUUGAUCCUUGACUAGUAUUAUAAUAUAGUAUUAGAUGGGAAACAAUUUAUUAUGAUUAUUUUUGUGAAACCAUAAAACAUUAUAACAGUAUUAAACACAUCUGUUUGUAUCUCACACCUCAUUCUUAAAAUAUGCCUGCUUACAUAGCUUUUAUUAAUUUGUAAAUAUUAAGUUAAUAUUACAGUUACUGUAAUAGAUGUACCGAAUUAUGCUUAGUAGAGUAUCAACAAUUUUUUUCUGAGAAACUUU